UAUAGCGGGAGAAGCAGAAGGAGACGGAGGGCGGAGUGGGAGAAAUCGUUGUGAAGCUUCAGAGUCUCGGUGCUGAUCAACUUGUAGGCCUCCGCCUGUAACGCUGACUUACUCCAUUUAAUCUACUCUGUAGUUUUAUCGUAGAUGUCGUAGAAUUCGCGUGCUGGUGUGUGUAAAGCUCAGCGCGGUCGCUAGUAGCCGGGUCGCUCCUUAGCCAGCGUUAGCCAAGUAACCAGCUGCAGGCGCUUUAUCGCCAUUUUGCGCAAUCAACAGCCCGAGAUUUUCGCCCGCAGCUAGGUGGUUGAUCGUGCAGCAUGGCGGAGGCAGACCGACCGGGGAAGCUCUUCAUCGGGGGACUGAACACGGAGACCACCGAGAAGGCCCUGGACCAGUACUUCAGCAAAUAUGGCAGGAUUGUCGAAGUUAUUUUGAUGAAGGACCGUGAAACAAACAAGUCAAGAGGAUUUGCUUUUGUUACUUUUGAAAGUCCGUCUGAUGCAAAGGAUGCAGCACGCGAGAUGAAUGGAAAGUCUCUCGACGGCAAGCCUAUUAAAGUUGAGCAGGCUACAAAGCCUCAGUUUGAGAGUGGAGGCAGGCGAGGACCUCCACCCAUGUACUCCCGCAGUCGCCCCCCCAGAGGAGCCCGUGGUUCCAGGGGAGGUAUUGAUGGAAUGAGGAGCCCACCUUCCAGAGACUACUAUGAUAAUUCAGGGAAUGGAGAACCCUUCUUCAAAGGGAUGUCAUCCAGAGGCCCCCCUCCUAUGAAGAGAGGACCCCCAGAACGUAAUGGAGGCCCCCCACCAAAGAGGUCUGCCCCGUCUGGUCCUUUGAGCAGACCAUCCAUGUCAAGGGACAGGGAUCCAUAUGGUCCACCCCCUCCUCGCAGAGACUCCAUGAUGUCCAGGAGGGACGAUUAUCCAUCACCACGAGAUGACAAUUACAACUCAAAGGACAGCUACUCCAGCCGGGAUUAUAAUUCCAGAGAGUCCAGGGAUUAUGGAGCUCCCCCCAGAGAUUAUUCAUACAGAGAAUACACAAACUCCAGUUCCCGAGAUGACUAUGGCUCAAUGUCAAGAGGAUACAGCGAUCGCGAUGGUUAUGGCGGAGGCCGCGAAAGCAGAAGCUACAUGGACCGUCCGAGUGGUGGCUCCUACCGGGAUUCAUACGAUGGUUAUGGUAACUCUCGCAGCGCCCCACCCUCAAGGGGCCCCCCACCAUCCUAUGGUGGGAGCAGUGGAAGCAGUCGUUAUGAUGACUAUGGCAGCAGUACCCGGGAUGGCUAUGGCAGUCGUGACAGUUACCCCAGCAGUCGGAGUGAGUCGUAUCAACCUAGCCGUGGUGAGCGUAUGGGCAGGCAGGAGAGGGGCCCUGCUCCCCCUGUCGAGAGAGGCUACCCUCCUCGUGAUACGUACAGCAGCUCAAGUCGUGGAGCGCCUCGUGGGGGCCGAGGGGGCCAUCGAGCCGAUAGAGGAAUGGCUCGCAGCAGAUACUGAACUGGACUUGGAAAUCGCAUUAAAGCAAACCUUGGUCGCCGUUGCACAGAAACGACGUGUUCUGGAUGAAACCUGACGUGACAAACAAGCCAUGUCUAAAUCUGUGGAUUACAAAGCUUAGCUUUAAACUCUGUCAUGACUUUCCCAGUUUUUUAUGUGUAAAAUUACUUUUGUUUUUGUUUUUUUAGCAUUUCUCUUGCUCAUGUAACAGUACAGUUACCAAGUGAGUGUUAGUUUUUGUACAUCAGUGCUGUUGGAAUCUGCAAUGCCCUAUAAGUCUGGCUACUCUAAUAAAGCUUUUAGUUGUACCUUGA